AUGGACGAAAUAGAAUACCUGCAGCCAGGAUUUGACCUGAGCUCCCUUACCAUGCCCCGUCUGCGCAACAUUCUCGUCAAUCACGAUGUCUCCUACCCUGCCUCCGCGAAAAAAGCACAGCUGAUCGCCAUCCUGGAGGACGAAGUCCUACCCCAGGCUAAGAAGAUAUUGCGCGAUCGCGAAAGAGUGAGGAGGACCAGCGCCGGGAUAACUGAUAUGGGCAGUCGAGCCUCAUCAGUCGUCAGCUCUAGGGAUGAGCGAGAAUCCAUGCCACCACCUGCCACCCCAUCCACCGUCGCUUCAACUACAAGCACAAGACGCGGCACAUCUCGACGAAGCGUCCGUGCUUCUACAAUCGAAACUGACGAGAUGCUCGCGCCAGCCACCCCGGCUACCUCCAAGCGAAAAAGCACCGCGCGGUCGGUGGGCAAGCACCCUCGUGCGUCGGAUACGGAAACCGGUGACGACAAUCUCGCUACACCGAUUGUUGCUGUCGGUACCUCACCGCGCAAAUCUACCGCGCGUAAGAUGCGGCGCAGCGAGGUUCUACCUUCCAUGGAGAUGGAUGACUAUACUCCUGUAAAGGCUGAGCCUAGGGACGAUGCUCUCCUGACAGACGACAAUCCCUUCCAGAGUGGAAGCCCGGAUUAUAGUGCGAGUCGGAGGUCUAGCUAUGAGCCUAAGCGCAAGAGUGGUGGACGCUUGUCUACUGAGAGCCCGGCCCGUAAGAGUGGAUUACGGUCGCGGAAAUCGACUACUCCUGGUAGCGUUAAGCAAGAGGAUGGGAUUAGGGCUCCUACGCGGGAAUCUUUUGACUUUGCUUCCCGCCUGAAGCCUACCAAGGAAGAGACCGAGGAAUCCGAAGAGGAGUCCGAAGAGGACGAGGAAAGUGAAUUGGGUGCCGGCGAGGAGUUUACGCCGGAAGAGCAGCUUGCUAUGGAGACCGAGCAUAUCAUCGCGUCCUGGUUCGUUAUCCUCGGGGUUCUUGGUAGCUUCGGUGCCUGGUGGCGCAAGGAGAAGAUCGAGAUUGGCUACUGUGGUCUUGGAAAACCUACCUGGUCGCUCACUGAGACCAAUGUCCCCGAAUGGGCAAACGUUCUCGAGCCACGCUGCGAGCCUUGCCCGCCUCAUGCGUUCUGCUACCCCGACUUUGAGGCUCGUUGUGAGCACGACUUCAUCCUCAAGCCUCACCCUCUCGCCAUGGGCGGUCUUGUACCUGUGCCGCCAACAUGUGAGCCCGACAGCGAGAAGGCACGCCGUGUCAAGGCGGUUGCGGAUAAGGCCGUAGAGGAACUCCGGGAGCGAAGAGCCAUGUAUGAAUGUGGUCAGCUCACUGAGGAUGGAAAGGCACCAUCACCUGAAAUCAGCGAGCCCAAGCUCAAGGAGGAAGUUGCCAAGAAGCGUCGCCGAGGCCUCAGCGACAGCGAGUUUGAUGAUCUAUGGAAGGGGGCCAUUGGCGAAAUCGUCGACAAGGAGGAGGUCGUCAGCAACACCAAGGAACCAUCCGUCCUCAUCCUAUCAUCAACAUCAACAGCCCGACUCCCACUCACAUGUGCCGCCCGCCGCUACGUCCGACUCGCUCUCCUCGCGUAUCGACUACCUCUUUCAUUUCUAGCUUUGGUCAUUGCGGCUCUGGCCUACGCCCGCUCUCGUGUUCGGGCACGCCGCUCUGAUAUCGCUCGCGUGCCCGAAUUAGUCGCAACUACUCUCGACCGCCUAUCCACUCAAGCUGCAUUGCAUGCCCGCGGUGGCGCCAUAGAGCCCUAUAUUCCUAUCAGCCAGCUGCGUGAUGACGUCCUGCGCUCUGAACUGCGGGACAAACGGCGCGAAGAGCUCUGGGCCCGAGUCCGCCGUGUCGUCGAAGGCAACGCCAACGUCCGUGCAGCCGUUCGUGAAGGCCGCAGCGGCGAUGUCGCGCGAUGCUGGGAAUGGAUUGGCGGUAUCGGAGGCGCCGGCGGUAACGGCGCCGAACUUGAAGGAAGCGCUCGUCGCGAGAGUGCUCGCUUUUCACUGCCUUCUCCUGCGGGGAACGCCGACGUGGAUCAGCAUCACAUGGACGAGACCAAGGACGAGCUAGCUACUAGUCCUCGACCAACCCGCCGCUGGGAUGAGGGCCGUCCGAUCUACUGA